UAGGCUUAGUCUACUUCGGCGAGCAAUUGCUUUAUGUUUCUUUUAUCAUGCUCUUCAAACUAGAGGUGUUCGGUUCUUCCCUACCAUUCAAGAGGAAAAUGACUCACCGGCCAAAGAUUUUGUCCAUGGUCCAGCCAAACAAAUUCUCAAAAGUUUGAAGUCAAACUCCACUGAAGUAAUAACUUCUGGACAAGGUUCUAGUUUAUGGGAUGAUCCCUAUUUUGUGGCACACCUAACACAUUCUGGAGGUCCCAAUGACAACUAUUAUGGCUUACAUGCCACCAUGGAUGUGUAUGGCCAUGAACUAAAACAUGGCCAGUUGAGUUCGACUACGUUCUGGAUUAAUCAUGCCGGAGAUGGUAAAAAAUCAAGCUAUAAUGCGAUUCAAGUUGGCUGGCAUAUUAAUCCAGAUCGCUAUGGCGACUCACAUCCUCACUUCUACACCCGUUGGACGAGAGAUAAUUAUGAUGCAACUGGCUGCUACAACAUGGAUUGCCCUGGUUACACACGGGUAGAUGGCGCUGUUAUAGCUCCGGGUGAUGCUAUACAUCCAGUUUCUAAUGUCCCUGAUGGACCUAGACAAUGUAUCACUCUGAGGGUGCUAAAGGACAAAAAAAGUGGAGAUUGGUGGGUGUAUUAUGGCUUCAAUAAAAGCCCCACAGGCGUGGGAUACUUCCCAAGGUCGUUGUUCAGCUACUUAGCAGAAAAGGCAGACGGAAUGCAAUUUGGUGCAUUUGUUCAAGCUAAAAAAGCACUUCCGACUCCUCCAAUGGGCAGUGGUGCCCUCCCAAAUGGUGGUAAGGGUCGCGCCGCAUCAUUCACAGACAUUAGAUUCAUUGACCAGGAUGGAAAUAGCAGCCCGAUCAAGGAAGACCUGCCCAUGUUCGUUACUGAUAGAAAAUGCCACGCUAUCACCCAUAUUGAUCAUGCUGCAUGCUAUUAUGGUGGUCCUGGAGGUUGUAUGAGAUAAGAUGUGAUACUUUGAGCUUGGUAUCACCUAGUGUUAGUUGUCAAAUAAAAUGGCAUGGAUGAAAAAAAUUAUGAAGAGAGUAUUCGCUUAUUUACCUAAAGCUACACUAUGAAAACCUUUGCUUGCAACAAACAUGCAUCCCUUUUACUUAAAUCGACCUAGCCAUCGAAUGGAAUACUUGUAUGUUUAGAUGUGAGGCAACAUAAUAAAUUUUUUGGUCCGAUGUUCUCUUGUGCGAUGGUAAAGGGAAGGUGUAUGCACCCCAGGAACGCAAAUAGUCAUUGUUCUUAUCAUUUCUGAUCUAGGUUUGCCAAGCCUAUUGUUUGUAAAAUAAACUCUUUUCUCCUGACAUGAAUUGGCAUUAAACUUGUUAUAUUUUAUAAAAAAUGCUCUUACAUGCCACGAAUCAACACCUGGUUGGUGCGAGGCGGUAAAAUGAAGAAACUUGGCAAUAAUGGUAGCAAAAGGAGGCAUAUCAUACAACAUGUUUGCUAUCUCUGGAGUUUGUAACCAUGUCAGCGCACCGUUACUGAAGUUCUCGCAAAUGCUCGUUGGAUCCAUGGCAUGAGAAGCCCCUCAACGUUAAAAAGUUUGUUCAGUUCCUUGACCUUUAGGAGGUUAUUAUUCAAAAGAUUCAGCUUGAUCCUAA